AUGGGGGGUUUAAAAUUACCUGCGACCUUCUCGGGGGGCACCAAAAACACCGGCCGGGCCCCCCCUCCCCUCCCCGCGCCCCAAAAAUGGAGGAGAAAUCCCCCAAAAUCCCAGGUAGGAGGGACAAGGAGUGAAUUUUAAUUUUUUUUUUUUUUAACAGUGACAAUGGGGACAUUGAAAGGGGCGGGGGGGAGCACAGGCAAGAGGGACAUGGCGGCGACAUCGGAGCGGCUCAUAAGGACCCCCCCCGAGGAAUUUGGGGCCUGCGUUCCCCAGUUCACCAACUGCCCCACCAUGGUGAUCCUGGUGGGGUUACCUGCCCGAGGCAAAACCUACAUCUCCCGAAAACUCACCCGCUACCUCAACUGGAUCGGCACCCCCACCCGAGUGUUCAACGUGGGCGAAUACCGCAGGGAAGCCGUGCCCAACUACAAAAAUUACGAAUUUUUCCGGCACGAUAACCCCGAGGGGGUGGAAAUUCGAAGGCACUGCGCUCUGGCUGCGCUGAAGGAUGUGAGAACCUACCUGAGCUCUGAGGAGGGGCAGGUGGCGGUUUUUGAUGCCACCAACACCACGCGGGAGCGGCGGGAGGUGAUCCUGGAGUUUGCCAAGGAAAAUGGGUACAAGGUCCUGUUUGUGGAGUCCAUCUGUGACGACCCCACCAUCAUUGAGGAGAACAUCAAGCAAGUGAAGCUGAGCAGCCCCGAUUACCGGGGCCGCGGGCAGGACGAGGCCGUGGCCGAUUUCCUGCAGCGCAUCGAGUGCUACAAGGCCACCUACGAGCCCCUGGACGACGAGCUGGACAGUGCUCUGUCCUACAUCAAGAUUUUCGACGUGGGGCUGCGCUACCUGGCCAACCGCGUGCAGGGCCACGUGCAGAGCCGCACCGUGUAUUACCUGAUGAACAUCCACGUCACGCCCAGGACCAUCUACCUGAGCCGCCACGGCGAGAGCCAGCUCAACCUGCGCGGCCGCAUCGGGGGGGACUCGGCCCUGUCACCCCGGGGCCAGCAGUACGCGCAGGCGCUGUCGCGGUUCAUCCGCAGCCAGAACAUCCCCGAGCUGAAGGUGUGGACGAGCCACAUGAAGAGAACGAUCCAGACGGCCGAGGCGCUGGGCGUGCCCUACGAGCAGUGGAAGGCGCUCAACGAGAUCGACGCCGGCGUGUGUGAGGAGAUGACCUACGAGGAGAUCCAGGAGCGCUACCCCAAGGAGCUGGCGCUGCGCGACCAGGACAAAUACCGCUACCGCUACCCCAAAGGCGAGUCCUACGAGGACCUGGUGCAGCGGCUGGAGCCGGUGAUCAUGGAGCUGGAGCGGCAGGAGAACGUUCUGGUGGUGUGCCACCAGGCUGUCAUGCGCUGCUUGCUGGCUUAUUUCCUGGACAAGAGCGCAGAUGAGCUGCCCUACCUCAAGUGUCCCCUGCACACGGUGCUGAAGCUGACCCCGGUGGCUUAUGGCUGUGAGGUCGAGCCCAUCUUCCUCAACAUCGAGGCCGUGAACACCCACCGGGCCCGACCCCAGAACGUCGACAUCAACCGCACCGCGGCCGACGCCCUCAACACCGUCCCCGAGCACUUUUGAGGGGUCCCCCUGAGAAAAAGGGGAGCCCCCACCCCAAAAUUAAACCUUGUACAACCCA